UUCUCUCAUCAGUCGGUGGUUGCGCGCCGCUCCGCACGCAACUCCGCGGGGCAGCUUGCCUUGGUGUGCGCGAAGUUCUUGCUCUUCGCGGUGGUGUACAUUUUUAUUUUAUUUUUAUGUGGGUGCGCGGACUAGGGGUCGGCUGCUGAGGCCCAAACGCCGACCCUCCUACGCGCUUCACGUGCUUUUAUUUUUUUGUUUCUUUCGUUUCGUCGCUUCAGUUUCGUGUCGCGCGCCUUUUUUUGCCGGAUUACGUUGCUUUCCCCGCCGCUUGUCCUUUGAGGAGGAGGAUCAGCUGUCAUCUUCUGUGACGUCAGCAGAGGAAGGAUAUAUGGAAGCGCAGUCUCUCCGCAUCCUUAUCAGCCAAGUUGUGAGUUGCCGAUAUCGCUUCGCUGGAUUCCAUUGACUCGCUUAUCUCCGACUUUCGUCUUUCACUAUUCAGUGUGAUGAAACUAUAACGCCAAUACGAUAGGUAUCUAGUUAACGAUACACCUUCGUUUAGUUAUCUUAUCUUGCAUGUCUGUUUCCUCUCUUGGUCCUUCUGAUAUUCAUUAGUUUAAAGGUACGCAGUCCUUGUGCUCUCAGUAAACAGACUUCACGAUCGACUUGUCUUCAGUGGAGAUAGUGUUCGCUAUUCGGGUGCGGCUUCCUUCCUUAUCGAAGAAGCGUUAUCGCUAGCCUUUAUCCCUUCUUUCCGGGCUUAUCUCGUGACGCCUUGAACUUCUUGCGUCUAGCUUAUUGCAGCCGUCAACUCGACAUUCCAAGUCGCUGAUACAGCGGAAGCGCUUCUUAACGAACCUAGCAGUGACCUUCCUGCGCACUUAAGCGGCGCAGCCUAGUGGCGAAGCCGAACCUGGUUUUAGCGUCGGCCAUAGCGCCUGUACUUUUCCCUUUACUUUACAGCGCGGGCGAAUGAAAGGAUAGCGAUUGUUCGCAUCCGAUAAAGUAGAUGAGAUCCUCCGAGUCGAAUGAGGAAGAGAGUUUAGGAAGAAGGCGCUGAGGAAGAGAAUAAGAAAGCGGAAACGGGAAAAAAACGUAGUCCCGAAGCGGAGCAGACGACGCCGUUUUGGUUUCGAGCAGACGAGGAUUUCAUUGCCGCGAGCAGACGACACUGUCGCAGACGACAUCAAAAAGGAACGGAAUAUACAGUGAAAUUGGGUUCUCAUGAAGAAGAAGUGAAAGGGAAAUCGUAAUAGACGAAAGAAAGCGUCUGGGAAAGGAGGAUAUCGGGUCUUCUUCGCCGGUGCGCCGCAAUUUUUAUUUUAUUUUUUUUUUCUCCAAGAUGUCGGCAAGGCCCGGUGUUCUCGCGCGCAAUGGACGGUCGUGGAGCCGCAGCCGGGUGCAGCUGCCGCGGCGCGGAUAUCGUCUGCUGCAUAACGGUCGCGAGCAGACGACGGUUUCUAACGCUGUCGUCUGCUACGUGCACCGCUGCGCGUCUGCGUGACACUUUCGAAACGCCAUUGCAUUGCGCGGUUGACUUGACAAUGCGUUGUUGCCACGGGUUCGGACCCCGUGUGGCACGAGACGACUGACGUGAAACGAAAUACGUAGUGCCCGAGGUUUUUUUUUUUCUCGUCGGUGUGUGUUUUGUGUGUGUGUUCGACGUGGGAAAACAUGCGCGUCGCCGGGAACUUGACUUCUGCUAGAAAAAGCAGACGACUGAUCAAGACCCGGAUGAUGACGUCGUCCACGGGAGGCAUGCUACUUCUGCUUCAAGUCGUCUGCCUCUUUCUCGUUAUCGCAACACCGGCGGGUGCCGCCCCUGCCUUCGAUAACGGCGACGGUGACGCGGAGAAGAUCUACGUGCGGGUGGGAGGCAACGUGACGCUCCGAUGUCCGGACCUCCCGCCGCAGCCUGGUCAGCAGCCGCCGCGCCACUUGACCUGGUGGAAGGAAGACCGGCGGCUGAUCGAGGCCACCCGAGAGCGCGUCACCGUGGCGCCCGAGGCCGGAGCCCGGGUCGCCCUGGUGCCCGGCCACAGUGCACUCCUCUUCCGCUCGGUCGUGGCCGAGGACAGCGGAGAGUACCAGUGCGUGGUCAACAACCGACAGGGAAGGAGGGGCAUCGUCAGGCUAUACGUACAGGAUGUGCCCGACCCACCGGGAAUCCCCAUUGUGGUGGGCUUCACCUCGCGUUCGGUCAACCUGUCCUGGACUUCGAGCGUCAACACGCACAACAGUCCCAUACAGCAGUACAUCAUACACAUCAGAAUCGGAGAGAAAGGCGACUGGGACACGCGGAACAAGGUGAUGACGUCAGACAACAGCACCAACUUCCAGGUGAUCGGCCUGAAGCCGUUCACGGUGUACUCGUUUCGAGUGCUGGCCGUCAACGCCAUCGGCGCCAGCAAACCGAGCAAGGAGUCCUUCUACAUGGUCACACUGCGUGAAGUGCCGGAGGGCAAGCCGACCAUCGUGCACGCGCAGAACACGAGCAGCUCCACAAUACGUAUACAGUGGACGGCUCCCCCGAGGCACACCAUACACGGCGAGUUCGAGGGCUACCGCAUCACCUACCGGCCCAGGGACAAGUCUCAGGAGGAGAGCCGGGAGAUCGUCAUACGGGACAGCAAGCAAACGCAAUACACCAUCCGGAACUUGGAUACCUUCACUCAGUACCUGGUCUCUCUGCAAGUGUUCAAUCCUGCCGGACGCGGACCGGCUGUGGUCGUGCCGGUCAUGACCGACGAGGGAGUGCCGAGCCCACCUGUGAACGUGACGGCCGUGGGCGUGACCGACAAGAAGGUGCUGCUGAAGUGGCGGGAACCCGAGAAGCCCAACGGGGUUCUUCAGGGAUACCACGUCUACUUUCAGCCGUCGCGCAACGGCUCAGCCCAGCAACAGCGUCGCACGGUCUCCCACCCGCAGCCCAUUCAGGAAUACGCGCUCACCAAUCUCCGGCCAUUCUCAUACUACGACAUCUGGGUGAGGGCCUUCACGCAGAAACAUCUCGGGGAGUCUAGCAACCUGCUCAAGAUACAAACAGACGUCCAAGGCCCCAGUGCGCCGAUCAUAGUGAACCUGACCUGCCAGUCAUUGGACAGUCUCUUCCUGCAAUGGGAGCGGCCGCAGACCUACUACAACAAGGUGGACUACUACUUCGUGCACUACCGCUCGGAGGAGGCCUGGGGCUUCGAGGAGAUCGCCAUGGCUGCCACCGACCGGCUAGACCACGUCAUGUUCAUUCCAAACCUGACGGCCAACACGCUGUACGAGGUGAAGGUGCAGGGGGCGACGCGGAGUAUCAUUGACCAGACGACCGUGUUCAAAGGGCAGUUUUCUGAUUCCCGGAAGGUGCUCCUCCAGAGUAAGUGUCAGACCUUCAACGAUGGUGCCUAUUCCGAUCCCAGCCUGAGUGCCGCCGUGGUGGCCGGUGUGGUGUGCGUGUCAUUUGCGCUGUUUCUGGCCAUCAUCUCCUUUGUUCUGUGGAAAAAAUAUUUUCAGGCCGCUUACUAUUACUUGGACGACCCUCCAGGAAACAGAGCUUCGCCGCAACUUUCUGAAACCUUUGACGACUCGGAGUAUGCUUCUGUGCACGUGAGCCAAUGGGCAAAACACGUGGCCGACCUACAUGCCGAUGGAGAUAUCGGGUUCUCGAGGGAGUACGAGUCUCUCCAGCAGGCUACGGAUUUGGAUCUGUCUUCAGACUAUUCCCAGAUGGCAGAGAACAAGGGGAAGAACCGAUAUGUCAACAUCGUGGCCUAUGACCACACACGUGUUAUAUUGAAGCCUACCCCUGGCCAGAAGAAAUCAGCUGACUAUAUCAACGCUAACUACAUUGAUGGUUACAACAAGCCUAGGGCCUACAUAGGCACCCAGGGCCCCCUGCCCUCGACUUUUGACGACUAUUGGCGCAUGAUCUGGGAGCAGAGGGUCUGCAUUAUCAUCAUGAUCACCAACCUGGUGGAAAGAGGACGGCGUAAGUGCGAUAUGUACUGGCCAAAGGAAGGUACUGAGACCUAUGGCAUAAUCCAAGUGAAGCUGGUCCAGGAGGUUGUCAUGGCAACAUACACCGUCCGAACCUUUGCGAUCAAGAACAUCAAAGUGAAGAAGAAGCAGGCGUCUGAACGGACGGUGUACCAGUAUCACUACACCAACUGGCCAGACCAUGGGGUACCAGACCAUCCUCUGCCAGUCCUCAGCUUUGUGGCCAAGUCUUCUGCUGCCAACCCUCCCACUGCAGGACCCAUGAUUGUGCACUGCAGUGCUGGUGUAGGAAGGACGGGCACCUACAUCGUUCUGGAUGCCAUGCUCAAGCAGAUGCGCCAUCGGCAGAGCGUCAACGUCUACGGCUUCCUGCGGCACAUCCGCCAGCAGCGAAACUACCUCGUCCAGACUGAGGAGCAGUACGUGUUCAUCCAUGACGCUCUGCUCGAGGCCAUCGAGAGUGGAGACACUGAGGUUGGGGUCUCACAGCUGUCUCGCUACGUGCAGAGCUUGCAGACAGCUCAGGUUGGAAACACUGGGAGCGGGGACAACAUUGACAAGUCCUGGUCACUCCUAGAAAAGCAGUUCAAGCUGGUGACGGUGUUCAAGGCGAAAGAUUUCAACGUGGUGUCAGCUGUGAAGCCCUGUAACAAGGCAAAGAACCGGUCACUCAACUUGAUCCCCAUUGAGUCACACCGGGUGCACAUCACCCCAAAGCCGGGCACAGAUGGCUCGGACUAUAUCAACGCCACUUUCCUACAAGGUUACAAUAGGUUGCGGGAGUACAUAGUGACACAGCACCCAUUGAUGACGACGAUGGCCGACUUCUGGCAGAUGGUCUGGGACCACAACUCGCAGACGGUCGUGGUCCUCUCGGUCGUCGAUGAAAAGGAGUACCCGCAGUUCUGGCCCGACGCAGACGAGGAGCAGGACUAUGGGAGCUUCAAGGUGAAGCCCACGAGCGACGAGACGGCCACGACGGCGUCCACGGACACGGCUCCGGCCGACGAGAAGCCGACCGGUGGGCCGGGCCUGGUGAGCCGGGACUUCAUCUUGCAGUCGACGCAAGACGACUACGAGCUGUCCUGCCGUGUGAUCCAGUGCCCGGGCUGGCCCCAGGCUUGCACCCCGAUGGCCACUCUGUUCGAUCUCAUCCGCACGGUGGCCGCGCGACACGCCGAGGACCUCAACGGCCCCGUCGUCGUCGUAGACAAGUGCGGAGGCACGGAGGCGGCCACUUUCUGCUGCCUCUCGGCGCUCUACAAGCAGCUUGAGAGCGAAAAAUGUGUGGACGUGUACCUGUAUGCGAAGCUGUAUCACAUGAGGAGGCCUGGAAUAUGGAAAUCUCAGGACGACUUCCUAUUCCUGUACCGGUCAGUCGAAAGCCUGCUGGCUGUGAGUAACGGCCCGGCGGCGGCGCCGAUCCUCGCCAAUGCCACGAAUGGCCAGCUCACCAGCAACGGGCAUGCGGUCAAGAUUGAGGAAGUCGCCGGAAAGAUCGAGAGCCCUGACUGAUAAGAGAAGGCCGAGCACAGUCACUUCUUUCCCGGUCCAGCCGUUCGGAUCUUCUGGUCCUCCCAUCCCGAGCUUGGCACCGAACGAGUUUUUGAUUCUGUUGCCGCACUUCAUUUUGCACCGGUCGCAUUGCUCCGUUUCUGUUCCCGAGGUUUGAAGGAGGGACUUUGGAAAGGCAGAGAAGUCCGGCGUGACUGGUCACUGAGAGCAUCGGUGCGUCACGCCACGUGAUGUUCGCAUUCCCGUAACGUUUGUUAUGUGCUUGCGUGCGUUUUCCAAAUGUGCAUUCACUUCCUGUAAUCGUGAGCAAUCUUAAAGCCCUUGCCAAAAAACAAAAGGACAACCCAGGGACCUUGAAAAGGCAGAGGAGUUCGUCAUGACUGGUUGCGGAGAGUGUUGGUGCAUCACAUCAUAUGACAUACGUGUUCCUGUAAUAUUUACGUACUCACACUCGUUUUCCGAAUGUUUAUCCACUUCCUGUAAGUGUGAGCAGUCUUAAAGGCCCCGCCAAAUGUUGCACGUCUUAGUGGAAAAGAGAGUGAAAAUAGUGCAACUAGAAAAAUGCCAUGUUCAUCUGGCAGGUCUUAAUGAUGCAGCUGUUGCAUUACGUGCGAAGCACGUCACGAUGCUUAGUUUGAAGAUGGACGAUUGCGUCCGAUUCGAGGCAGCUGAUGAAUUUGACGAAACGGACUUUUUUUUUUUGUUUCAAAGGGUUAGUCCUUCGAUUCACACAUUCUAGUGCAGGUAUCACGCGUAGUACUUCUGAAAAAGACGAAAUGAGCUUUUUACGAACGUUUGACAGGUGUAGCCAAAGUGCACAGUUUUAUUACGGGAAGAAACAUCGAAAAAACAUUAUGGUAUCACUGCCUACGGAAGCCAGAAAAACAAGGCACAAAACUGAGAAACUAGCUUGUAAUGUUAAUCCAUGGUAAUGACCACAUUUACUGCUACUUGAACUUCAAUUUUUCAUGCGGGAAGUUACCUUGGCAACACUCGUUUGGGGUGCCUUCCUACGUAUGACGGCUCCUAUGGAGCGAUAGCGCGAAAAUCCGAAGCAGCCUGGAUGGCGAACCAGAGCGGUGUUGUUCUGUGGGCACAUCCUUUUUCGUCUCAGCAUCUUUUCAAACCUUCGCGAGAGAUGGUCUGUGCUGGCAUUUGUGCUGUAAAUGGUGUAAGAUAGUUGACAUUAUGUUGUACAUUAUUGCGCGUCAUGUUUUCACUUUCACAUCGCCGACGAUUGUGUAGAUUGUCUUUUUUGUUUUAGCGUUUCUUUCGUUGACGAGUCAGUUGUCCGCUAAAAGCAACUUUCGUAUUGUUUUGAAUGCUUAGUAGUGGCCAUCCUGCUUUUGGACGUAGUGCGUUUGUUUUUCUUGCCACGGGGUCGACAAACCCGCGAGUGAGGUAAAAAGCAAUGCAUUUGGGGAUAUGGGUACUUGAACGCACAAGUCCUUCACUGCCAGAUGUACAUCGCAAUGCCCAUAGUCUAGGGGGAACACGUCCCUUCCCGAGGCUGUCGUGAUAGCUCGAAGUCAACAAGCACAAAAAAAGGACUUGUCUCUCUGCACGUUGAGUAGACGAAACGUGUCUUUAAAGCACUGCCGUUUUAUAAUUUCUUUUUGUUCCCGAGUUUUACGUUUGAAACCUUUUGCUCGCUGUAUUUAUUUUCCAUGCCCGCUUCUUGGAGAGAUUCUCAUUCGAAGCGAGGAAUGAAACCUAGGCGUAUUUUUUUAUUCUCGGUGUUUGAGGAAAGACGGACGGUUAUCCGAGUGACCGGCUGAGGCCUUUUUUUUCUCGAGACUGGAGGCGGUGCGUUUCGAGUUCCAUGCCUCUGAUGAUGACACAGCGCAGUAGAACGAUGCGGUCGGGAAUGACAUCAAUGACGACGACAACGACGGAGACGGAGCGAUCAAAACGAGAGAUAGCCGAUGGUGAAAGGCGCGGGGAUGACAGCGGUACUAGUACGCGGCGUGCGACCGUGCGCAAGAGGGCUUCCCCGCCGCAUGCGACGGAGACGUGCCGAGUUGCGCAAGACGCGCGUUCAGGUGCGAGCCUCGACGGAAGAUGAAUAAACCAAACCGCCUUGACGUUGACCAUACCAACCGCGCGCCCCCGCCAUAUUGUUACCAGCUCCCAAACGGCGUUCGAGAAAACAGCGCCUCCCCUUACUCCCCGAUCCAGCAGCAACAAUUUCUAGUCCGAUAUCAUCUUUGUGCCGUCAGUGGUUUCGCGCAUAUUUUUUUUUUCUUUCCUUCGCUUCUGCUCACUUAUCUUUCUUUUAGAGAUUUCGCACGCCAAACAAACAUGUAGGUGUCGUGCAUUUUUGUUGUUGAUGUCCGUGGUCUUUCGACUCUUCACGCUUGCCGUUGUGUUUCGUAUUGUGUAGCAGGUUUCCCUCCCACUAUCGUAGUUUCACCUUACCCCACUGCUAGCCGGCAUAGUUUUUUUUUACCUACCACCGGUAUCAUUCCGAAUGAAGCCGGGGAAAGAAAACGAAAAAAAAUACUCGACAGCAGAGCUGUUUCAUCUUUCUAAAAGGCGCGCAUUCCUUCCGCAACUAUUCCUUUCUCACCAGGCAUUUCCUUUCCUGUCAGCCCAUCGUCAACGUGCUACAUGUAAAUGAAACCUUUUUCUCCCCGGCUCCCAUUCUUCAGCGUCUUCAGCAUGCUCAUUAUUUUCUACGAGCCAGCCCUAAAAAGUAAAAAAAAAAACGCUUUUUCAGCAGGUUAGCAUCAAAGCGCUGCCUCGCACGACACCGCAACACCUUGGCAUUGCUGUCGAGUCCCGGGGCAGCGUCUAAACAUUGUUGCAGUGUUAUCGGCAGUGUUUUAACCCAGUGCCGACAGUGUUGCCAGAGUGUUUAGUGUUUUCUCCCCGGGUAAUGGUUGUGUGUUGUGUUUUCUUUGUGACGCGCUUGUUGCUUCCCAAAGACGGACACACGCCGAAAAAUAAGUAACCGGUAUGCCCAAGGUGUUGUUGUUCGAUAUACUUAACACACGCAUAUAAACUUUGUUGGUAGCCACAUGAAUAUAAUCCCCCCUCCUCGGAAGAGGAGAAACCCAGGACGAGAGCUUCGAGUUUGUUGACGUAGUGUUCAGAUAUAUAAUAUAUAUACAUAACGUAUAAUCUUCUGAAGACCCAUCGCAUGAACUUGGGAGUUUCCGUAGUUUUUUAAGAAGUGUGGCUUCGAUGAUUUCUCAGUUGCGAGAGAUCUGGCUCUCCGUUUUAAUAAUAAAACGGCCCCGGUAGCCAUUUCCAACCUCGAGACAUAAUAUACUGCCUCGCUUGAAAGCUCGUUCAUUAAUGGACUCCACAAAGAAAAGCUUUGUUAUACGUAACUAGCGACCGCUUGACCACCGCAUCUUUUUAGGUUUCUCGCAGAAUGUAAGCUGGGUCGAUAUUCAGUAUAGUAAACUCAUCGACAAUGGUCUAACAGUAUUUUGUGCAAGCAUUCGUAAAAACUGAGGAAAUAGUUCAUUCUCAGGUUCGUUGGAUUUAUAUAGAGUGCCGGGCCAAACACUGCAGUCAAAUUGAACACCGCCACUUAAAUGAAAUCGUCAUCCCUCUAUUCAACUUCCACAAAUGAUUUUAAACUACCAACUUCGCGAAUCCGAUGAUUCUUUUUUAUGCAUUGAAAUUUUGUUGCAUGCAAUUUGUGUUAUACAACAAUCCUUGUUUUCUGAGGGGUAUUCCUUUACCGUUCCUUUUCGUAUACGUUUCUUUUUUUGUGUGUUUUUUCCCCGUAUGUUUGUUGUCACAUCGAAGAACCUGUUUACGUGUUAUUUAUCUCCUGUAAUAUGUGCAAAAAGAACAUCAAACAUUGAAAAUGAAAGAAAACAUGUUUGGUAUAAGUAUUGUUGUUCUGUGUUUGAGUUGUCGCGAGUCUUAGAAGCCACUGUUGUCUCCAAACAUCAUUUUGUCUCUGAACUUAGUGUACAAUUCUUUCGUGAGGUCUGAUUGUAUGGCUAUCUCACAUGUAAAUAUAUAUAUUGAAUGUUAAUUAUUAUAAUUAGCGUGUUAUACACAUAGCUGCAUUGUGUGCGUAAUGAAGUACCAUAGGUUUCUGCCGAAUGCGUCGAAGUUCUGCUUGUCAUUGCAAGUUUCACUCCUCGGUGAAACUUUUUUUUUGUACUUUUUGUGAUCCAGUUCUGCCCUGCCUUUUUUCUCUGUACUGAGAUCACUCUAUUCACUUCUGUCUUUUUUCCUUAAUUCAAUUUUUUUCCUACCUGUUGUAGAUUCGAUUGAUUAGAAACCUUCAGCUUCUUCUUCGACAAGUCUUCUCUCCUGUCUGCUUUACGCUAUUACAUAAAUCUAUAUACAAAAAAAAUCAAUAUAUGUGAUAUGUAUUGACUGCUCAAAAUAAAACAAAGACCAAAUAUGGAUAAA